AUGAGCAUCCUCGGGCCAGCACCGCCACCGAAGUACUGCGACCCACGACUCAGCCGUUUACGGAUUGGCUUCUGGACCAGGGUUGCUAUUUCCAAUGACCUUGCCGCGGCCCUCAUAUCAUUUUACUUGGAAAAUGAUCACCCCAUAAUGGGCAUGUUUGAUGCAGAUCUCUUCUUGGAUGACCUCGUUGAGCAUCGCCUCACUUACUGCUCCGCAAUGCUGGUAACUGCGGUGUUGUACCUCUCAUGCCAAGCGUACACGCGAUCGGACGUUCGUUCCUCAUCCUUCGUCCCCGAGUUUCUGGACGAGGCUAGGACUUUGUGGCUCGCCGAGCAGAACCCUGACCUCGCUGGAACACUCGCUGCAGCAGAGCGCAUAACCGAUCCCAUCACGACAAUUGCUGCAGCUGAACUGAUGGCUCUUGGCUGCCAAGUAAACGGCCAGAACGACCUUGGAUAUGACUUUUUGAAUGCCGGUCGGCAAAUGGCAGAGCGGAUAGGUCUCAUCAACACUCCGCCAACAAGCCCGAAGCUUCGAUACAUCGCCAGCAAAUCACCCGAAUGGAUCAGCGCAGCGUCCCACGUCGCUUGGGGAACGUACAACUGGCUCAGUGUACAUGGGCUUUAUUUCCGCGAUCCGCCGAUUGCGCACCCGCCAAAUCUACCGGUCCCGGCCGAGCGAUCCAGUACCAUCGAUCGGCAGCUUGACAGCUCAGAGAGUCAUGAAGACUUCCGCCCAGCACCCGCAUACAUGGGGUCCACCUUCUCUACCAUGUGCAGGUUUUGGACAAUAGUUCAAGAGGUCGCUGUGGUCUAUUUCAAGCAUGACAAGCGGUCUCUCUCGCAACGUGUGCCUCUUGCGUUUGCUGAGGCAAAAUACCAGAGGCUCUUGGCUUGGACAGACACUUUGGCAAUGGGCAUGGCUCGAGGCGAAUAUAGUCCUGCACAUGUCCUCAUCUUCCACAUGAACUUCCACAGCGUGGUCAUGCAGCUGUUUCACCCCUUCGUGAGAGAACAGUCAUCGUUCUCCAAGCACAGACUGCGAUCAUUCUCAUCGGAAGACAGCUGUCUGGCCAAUGUAUUCAACGCAUCGCUCAAUCAGCUUGGCCGACUCAUGUUCAUCUAUCAACGUUCGUGUGUCUCCGCGACGUGGAGCAUCUUUGUCAAUCCACCCCUUGUUCAACUGGCCGACGCAAUGUUGGCCGCCCGAUUUUCUCGAACCACGCAUGGGCGCCUGUUCUUCUUACUCUGCAUCAGCGCAUGGCUAGAUCUCUACGAGAGUUACUACUUCUUCUGGGACAUUGUCAAAGGCUUCCUGGCGCGGGCCAUGCGGGAUGGCACGAUGACCAGCAACGAGGCAAAGUCGCUCAUGGCCGAGCUGCGACGUCGCGGGGCGCAUCACGGCACACCAAAGCUUGCAUCCUCCUCAAUCAUUAUAGAUUUCGAUCGAGCCGCAGCAAAUCCGGAUGAGGCAAGAACGAGGGCUAUUGCCGAGCAGUUUGAUGAGUUGGCUUUACAAGAGGAGCUCACAACUGGUGACUAUGAGGAGAAAUGA